CUUGGCCACGCUGAGCUUGCAGCACGGCAGCAACAUCAUUCAGUUGGUCGUGAGGUGUUUGCGUUGUCGGUUGUUGGUUGUUGGUUGACGCUUGAUCGUCGCUUAUUUUUGUUGCGUUUGUAUGCUUCUCGGUCGCGAUGUGUGCUUUGAAUAUCAGUUGAAACUGUCGCGUCGCAAAAUUUAAAUCUAAAGGAUAUUUCUGCCAUGUUUAGUGUGGCAACAUUGCGUAUACUUGAUGCCUGCUGCGUCUGCCUCUUGAUUUCCGUGUGGGCUCAAACGAGAUCAGUGCAAGCCACCUCUGGCAGUUGCGCCUUCCACUCGCUAGAUGGCGUUGCCUCCGAAAGUGAAGGUGUGCGCUUCAUUCGGCUCCGCGAAGAUGCCCAAGUGGGCAAGGAAAUUCUACGCCUGCAGGCCUAUCCACGUUCCAGCGUGGCCCUCAAAGGCGCCGAUGCCAGCGGCGAUCACAAAUACUUCAAUCUCACCGAGCACAAUGCAACCACUUUGGUGAUUUCUCUGGCUCGCUCCCUGGAGCGCCUUGUGGACCGCGAUGUCCCUCGGAAUCUGCUCAAGUUUCGCAUACUCUGCGCAGGCAAACACGAGAAACUAGAAGAGGGAAGCUACCUCUCUAUCACAGUCUACAUUGAGGAUGUUAACGACAAUGCACCCGAGUUUCUUAACGUGCCCUACGUCAUCGAUGUGGAUGAAAACACUUCUGUUGAAAGCAUCAUAUUCGAUGGAGUUCAAGCCUUCGACAGGGAUAAGCCCAACACACCAAAUUCGGAGGUGCAUUUCAGCAUGUCCACGGUUCCGGAGCAACUUUCUGCCGAUGGCAGACCCUACUUUGCUUUAAAGAGUCCCCAUCGACCGCUACUUAUACUGAAGCGGGAACUGGACUUUGAUAACGGCAUUAGACAGUUCAAGUUGCCGAUUUUUGUCUGGGAUCGAGGCACGCCUGCUAAUCAGGCCAACACCACAAUCACUAUCAAUGUGCGGGAUGUGGAUGAUCUGCCGCCCAAGUUUACCGAGGGCGUAUACCGCACAAGGAUCAAUGAGUUCUUUCCCAUGACAGGCGUGGCAAUUCGGAUUCCUCUUUACUUUGCUCCUCCGAUAAUGGCAUUUGACCAGGAUUCGCUGAAUGCGACCCUCAUCUACGACAUCAUCUCGGGCAACGAACGCCAAUUAUUUCGAGUGAAUGGGCACAAUGGAGUCAUGUAUCUGCAGAAGGAGAUUGAUCUGGAGGAAGAAAGUCUCCCUGGUAAUACAUUUGUAGUUCAACUGGAAGCAAGGCAAAAGGACAAUCCGCUCAAGAAGGCGCUGGCGCGCAUCGAAGUUGAGGUGCUGGAUCUUAACGACAAUGUGCCCGAGUUCGAGGCAGACUUUUACAACAUUUCCAUUGUGGAGAAUCUUCCCACGGGAUUCAGUGUCCUGCAGGUGAACGCCAUCGAUCGCGAUCAAGGCGAGAAUGCAGAGUUCCUCUACAAUCUUGUGGAGAACAAAACGGCAGCAGGUGCUUUUCGCAUCGAUUCCAGAACUGGUUGGAUCACAGUGCGCGAUGAUCGAUUACUCGAUCGUGAGCAGCGUCGUUCAAUUCAACUCAAAGUGGAGGCUUUGGAACGCAAUCCCUCUUACCUGGAUGACAAGCACCUGAAGAAACCUGGUCCCAGCAUGGUCAUAGUGGAGAUUACGCUACUCGACAGCAACGAUAACAAUCCCAAGUUCGAUCAUGGCAAUCUCUACGAGUUCAAGGUGCCCAUCACAGCAGCCGUGGGUACCAAGAUUGGUCGAGUGGCUGCCCACGAUCCUGACGAAGGUCCUAAUGGUCAACUGCUCUAUGAACUGCAGAGACCCAAAGGCAGUGGUUACAUUCCCUUUCGACUGGACAAUAAAAAUGGCACCAUCUAUGUGGCAGGACCUCUUCGACGUGGUCGCAUUGCCGUCUUCGUGGAGGCCAGUGAUCAGCCAUUGAAUCCUUCGGAGCGUCGCUUCUCAUUGGCUGUGAUAACCAUCGAAGUGUAUGCCACCAUCGAUGACCAAGCCAUCGAUUUUGUGGGCGCUCCUUAUGAAUUUUGGGUGGGAGCGAAUACUCCGUUGGGCACAUCAGUGGGUCAAGUGCGCACCACUUUGAUCUACGAUGGCGAAGAUGAAAUCAUGUACGAUCUCCUACACACAUACUCCGAGGGUGUGCCAUUCGCCAUAGAGGAGCGCUCCGGCAUUAUCACUGUCAUCCGGGAACUGUCUGAGUUCAAGCGACAGAUCUACAAUUUUGAAGCGGUGGCCAAUUAUUUAUUUGCCAACUCUUCGCAACCGUUGAUCGUAUCCAGGAGUUCUCCGCCGCUGCCCACAACUGUCGCCUCAUCGGAACUUAGUGAUGAGGGAGUUCUUAUCACGAAUCUAACUAUACACAUUGUCAACAAACCAGAACCAGAGAAAGUUCCGCUCCGUCCUGUCAUAGAGGAGAUCAACAUGAACGUCAUCAGUUUCCAUGUAGAGGAGAAUCUUGUGGGCGGCAUAAUUGGACAGCUGCUUUACAAGAAUGCUCUCAAUGUGGCCAACAAUGAGUUGGGCACAUUCCGUGAACUCACCACAGGUGUGGGAAGCUCAACUACUAGUAAUUCAAGCAGUAAUCUCACCUCAGGAAGUCGCUUUCGCAGUCGCAAUAGAAGUCGCAACUCCAAAUCGAAGCGAAGACUUCCUCGUCGUUUGGCUGGCGAUUCAAAUCUGAAACUGCGCUACAUCAUAGCCAAUCAGCAGGAAGUGGUCAACAAGAUAACUAUUACAGAAGACGGCACCCUCUUAACACUCAUUGGACUCGACCGAGAGCAGCAGGCAAGCUACGAGCUGACCGUGAUUGUGGAGUACAGCACGGGACUGGUGAGUGGAGCUGGCAUCUAUCAGGUCAACAUUAAAGUGGACGAUGUCAACGACAAUGCACCCAAGUUCAAUGCCCUCACGUACGUCGGCUUGAUAAACGAGAACUGCGCCGUAGGUACCGAGUUGUCCAUGAAUCAAGCUAUCCAAAUCAACGAUGCAGAUGAAGGAGCUAAUGCCGAGUUCCGAGUGCAGCUGCAGGGCGACUACAGUGACCAGUUUAACAUCGAGUACAUAAAUGCCUCCUCUGUGGGUAAUGGAAGUCAGCACAAGCUGAUUUCUAACACCGGGUCCUUUAACAUCUUUAACCUAACUGAUCAAUGGAAUGAUGAGUUCAAGUACCAGGAACUCCACACCAGUUUUAUGCAAACCAAUUUCAAGCUCAGCUCUGGGCCUUACUUCCGCAUCAGCUAUGUGGGGAAAAGAGGCUUAGAUCGGGAGAAGCAGCAGCUCUACAAUAUGAAGAUCGUCGCCGUUGAUAGUGGCGGACUCACCGGCUAUGCCCAUCUCACAAUCCUUGUGGCUGAUGUUAAUGACAAUGGGCCCAUCUUUGAACGUAUCUCGGUGUUCAAGGACUCUCGCCUGGAGAUUCGCGAGUACAAUACCGAUAUGGAAAUCUACUUUGUGGAGAGUUCGAAUGGCAUGUUUCUGCCUCCUGCUGCAGCUGCCAGCAUGAUGUUGGCUCCGCCUCCUUACCACAUCCCUGGCUCGCCGCGUCUGCACACGGACAGAGACAAGGGCAUUGGCACAGGACUUGCGCCUGGAGUCGGCGCAGGAGUUGGUGUUGUGGGUCGAGCCAAAUCCCGUCGUCGCAUUGCCAGGGCUACAACGGUAAAAUGUCCGAUGUUUGCGGUCUACGAGGACACUCCAGUGGGCACCAAGUUGCUGCAGUUGAGUGCCAGCGACGAAGACUUCGGCAAGAAUGCCCAGCUGCACUACGAGGUGCUCGGCGAGCAGGUGGAACGCACUCCAGGCAUGCCCAUGAUCAAGCUGCAGUCCGUACGACAUUUUGCUAUCGACAAGCUGAGCGGAGAGCUAACUGUGAACUAUCCGCUGGCAGCCAACAACGAGAUCUGGUUGAAUCUCAGUGUCACAGACAUCGAUGGCCUCAAGGACACCACCUGCAUGCGGUUCACAGUCAUCGAUGUGAACAAUCACGUGCCCGCCUUCAAGAAGUCGUGGUACAGCUUUGACACCGCCGAGGGCGACUACAAGGACAGCGUGCUUGGCCAAGUGCUGGCCAUUGACAUGGACUAUGGUGAAAAUGCCAAUAUCACAUACAGCUUGAACGAUCCCGAAUUACCUUUCAUCGUAAAACCUACCUCAGGGGUCCUCAAGAUCAACGGACAACUCGAUCGCGAGUUGAGGGCCAAGUACAACUUUCAGAUCAUUGCCAGCGACAAUGCGGAGCCACUGCAGCGUCUAUCGAGCAGCGUUGAUGUGGAGGUUAAUGUUCUGGACAUCAACGACAAUCGUCCCGAGUUCAUUGGCUACGACGACAUGACUAAGGCGGCCAAGUACAUCGCUGAUCUGCCCGAUCGCACCAUGAUGGUUCCUGUCUAUAAGGCUUAUCUGGACAGGAGCACGUUGCCUGGAAUGUUUGUAAAACAAGUGAAUGCCAUCGACAAGGAUUACGUGGGCAACGGCAACGGCCUCGUUUUGUACUCUAUUCUGCAUCAGGAACUGCAUGCGCCCGUCUUCCAGAUAGACUCCCGAGAUGGCACCAUCACUACGGUGUCCAACAUCAGAGGCUACAAUGACUACGAGCACUUGAAUGUAUCUGUCAUUGCCUCCGAUCUGGGCAGUCCAGCUCUCUCCGCCACAGCCGUGGUGCUCAUAAAUCUGCAGGGCCAGGCAGUCACCGAACCCACUCCUCCUCCCAAACCAGAGAUUCCCAUAAAUGUGACGGUGUUCCAGCAUCCUUACUACGAUGUCCAGUUGACCGAGAAUAACGAGGCGCCUAUCGAGGUGAUGCGCUUAAAUCUGACAGCUGGUUUAAAUGCCGAAAACUAUCGCUGGUCUUUGUGGCUGGAGGAGGGUCUUGACGAGUCCGAUGCCCAUCCUCCAUUCGAGUACGAUGCCAAGAACAUGCUGCUCUAUGCCCUGAAGCCCUUUGACCGUGAACAUAUUUCCCGCUACCAGCUGAGGGUUCGUGCCGAUCGCCUCAGUCGCGAGGCCCGAAACUAUGCCAAGGUCGCCUAUCCCGUGGUUGAUGAGCGUGUCGAGGGUUUGUCACCCAGCGAAUGUCGCAUUCUGGUUCGCAUUGCCGACGAGAACGACAAUGCUCCCAAGUUUCAGGGCAAUGGGCAGCCAAUUGUUGCAGUGCUUCCCCGCAGCGCCACCUUUGACUACCAUGUGACCCGGGUAACUGCCUCGGAUGCGGAUGAAGGUCUCAAUGCGGAGAUACGUUAUCGCCUUCUAAACGAGCCCACGAAGCUGUUUGGCAUCGACGAUCUGACGGGUAACAUUCGACUGCUUGGAGAUCUACCGCAUGAUGAGCGCAUUUAUGGCUUCGAUGUGAAGGCCACAGAUCGCUCGGGAGCUGAUGACGGACGCAGUGGAAUCGUGAAUGUCUUCGUCUACAUCAUCGAUGAGUCCAAGCAGGUGCGUCUCGUGGUCGCUGGCAAGCCAGUGGAUGUCGAACGACGCAUCGACAGUCUCAUGGAUGCUCUCAGCUCUGCGAUUGCUAAGGAUGUGAGGGUGCGACUGCUGGAACCCAACUCAGGAGCACUCGAAGCCGCCACUAAUGCCUACAUCUAUGCGGUUGACCCACAUACCAAUGCCAUCAUGGAGAUGGAGCAGCUGCAAGAAUCCUUGGCUGGGCUGCAGCUGGAUGCAUUACAGUUGCAGCAGCAGCAGCUACAACAUUUGGAUGGAUCGAAGACGAUGCCCCGCAUUAUUGAGCUGGCCGAGUUUGGGGAACCCCCGCGACCCACCCACGCCUCAGUCUCCCACUUCAUGGGCGGCUUGGAGUACGUGACUCUGGUGUUGCUGGUAUUGAUCUGCCUGGGAGCUGCGAUUGCUGCCUGUUGUUACCUUUGUCUGCGCCAAAAACGCCAGCUUUGGUCUCAACGCGACUUUGCCGCCUCGGAAGCCGGUCUGACUUACACCAUAGCAGGGAUCAAUCAGUCGCGCUCUCAACAGCGACGUCAACGUCAGCAGCGACACACGCAGCGCUGCAGCAAGGGAAGCAGCAACAUGAACCAGAACCAGAGACCCACAUCGGCCUUUAUGCCCGAGUCGGUUUGCUCCUCGGCACAAACCCAAUCGACAGCGACUGCCACCGAGAAACUGGAACAGCAGUUGCACCAUCAUCAUCAACAACAGGCGAUGGUCACGCAGCAGCAGCAUCAUCAGUACCUGAACGAGCAGCAGCGAGAAUACAUUGAUGUGCCCCUGCCGAAGUCCAUUGCCAAGGCAGCUGCCGCCGCUGCAGCCACUGCUGCCGCCGAGGGCAAUGCUCCAUUUGUGCUCAAGUACAACUCCUGCCAGCCAGUGAACAAUCUCAACAACUACGAAACUUCCCUGUUCUCGCUGCACUCGACGGGCCAGGACUCAGGCGUGGAGUUCCUCAGCAGCCGCGAGCUCUAUGAAACCUCGCCCGACUCCUUCCAUAGUCAAAACACGAAACGGACUGGCAACAAUGGGGAGCUGCUCUGUCCCCGUCACGCCAAGGCGCACCUGGAACUGCGUCAGCAUCCCAACACAGACAGCAGUGAUACCUAUGAGGAUUCCCUCAAGACGGACGAGCCGUUGGUGGCCCACAAUUGUCGCAGUGGUAACUGCGAGCAUCGACAGCAUCAUCAGUUGCAGCAUCCUCACUAUCAGAACACCAAGUUCGAGAAACGCUCAUGCGUUCGUCACUCCUUCUCCGGGGUGAAGGACGACCUCAUGCAGCACUCGCCGCAGAUCUCGCUGCGACCCCGAGGUCACGCUCUGCGCAACUCGAUGAACGAUUUGGAGCAGCGACUUCACAAUCUCGAGCAAUCCUUUCGACGUCCGCUCGAGUUUAGCAAAUCCAACUCCUUGUUUUAGUGCUUAAGUUAACCAAGUGCAAUCUCUAGUUCGUAGCUCCUCUUUAUACUACUUAAGAAUCAUAAACCAAGUGCAAUAA